AUGCAAAGUGCUAUGCAAAACGCUAUACUCAAUGGCUGUCGGGUGAUUCCUUGCACCACAGAAAUUCCCGGUUGGAAACAUGUGCUUGCUCCCCCAUGCAUCAACGGCCAAUACAUCUAUGGUCCGCCUCUACCUGAAGAGCCCAAGCCUUUUACUCUCACGGUAAUUGAUAAGACUGAGGGUUCAAGAUGGUACCGAUAUGGAGAGACGUAUGAGAUUGAAGUCUCGCCCCAAGCCCGCGGCCACGAUAUCGUCUCUUGGAUCUUAUCUCGUGAUGAGGAUGUAAACCAAAACGACGUGUUUGUGCGGUGGACUACCGGUACCAUUGAGGAACCUCUGGAUUACAAUGUGAACUUGGAUGAGCUGCAGAGAGACUGCCGCCAUCUCAUUGUCAAGAAAAGAGAGCAUAGACACAGACACCAUCACCAUCAUGGCCACAGUCACAGUCACGGUCACGGUCACGGUCACGGUCACGGUCACGGCCACAGCCACAAUCAUGGCGGUCAGUGUGGUCACCACCACUAA